GAAACUCCACAGUUUGACAAGAGACGCAUCGAUACGCGCAACGGUGACGAGACCUGUCGGAGUAGAGAAACGUGUACUUCUAUUUGAGACCAUGGACAAAACAGCCGGUAAAUUACAAUUAUUUUCGCCACAUUUAACGUGAUUCCUCGAUUUUUCCCGUUUUAAUCUGCUGCGCAAGGUAUCUGGUUGACUGGAGGGAAUUAUGGAGCGUGGAUCCCGAACCCCGGAGCUCAACGAGGCACAACCGCCUUCCAAAUCCAACCAGGAACCCAUACGAUUCGGGAUCGACCAGAUUCUAGGCUCUGUAGACCCAGAGAGCAGCCGUGCGCACGGCGUCAACACUGUGGAUAACGGUGGUACGGAUAACACUCGCUUGGGAAGCCCAAACAAGACGAGCGUUGCGCCUCACGCCGCUCCGCCCGUCUCUCUCUCCGGGAUCACGGGUUUACUGGAGGACUCAGGGCGGGUGUACGGGGUGAGCAGCAAUCUGGUGCCCCGUGGGGUGAUUCGGGUUCCGGCGCACAGACCUCUAGCCGCCGCGGUGCCGCCGUCAAUGGUGAGCGCAGUACCGGCGCUGGGCAGCCUGUGUUUCCCAUGGAUGGACAGUAAUCGCCGGUUCUCCAAAGACAGACUGCCAGCUCUAAUUCCGUUCACCGUGACCCGGCGGAUCGGUCACCCGUAUCAGAACCGAACUCCCCCCAAACGGAAAAAGCCCCGCACGUCGUUCUCCCGCGUUCAGAUCUGCGAGCUGGAGAAACGCUUUCACCGGCAGAAAUAUCUCGCCAGUGCGGAGCGGGCCUCGCUCGCCAAGAGCCUGAAAAUGACGGACGCGCAGGUCAAAACUUGGUUCCAGAACCGACGAACCAAGUGGAGGAGGCAAACAGCUGAGGAAAGAGAGGCAGGGCGACAGCAAGCCAAUCGGAUGCUGCUGCAGCUUCAGGCCGACGCCCUUCAGAAGUCCAUGAGAGAAUCAGCAUCCUCGGAUCCUCCUUGUGUGCAUAACUCCUCCCUCUACGGCCUCCAAAACAUCCAGCCAUGGGCCCAAGAGAGACCUGGUAAACUGGCCCCAACAACAACAACAACAACAACAACACUGGCUUAAAAUAACUCAUUAAAUAAUGCUGUAUUCAGGACAGUGCAAGUUUGACUUUGAAUCGGUUCAAACUGGUUUCUGGUUCACCUUUAAUGGACUUUUUCCAGUAAACGCCGAAUUUAAAGAACAAAUUUAGACCAUAAGACACGUACACUACCAGUCAGAAUGUUGGAGACACUUUAAUUAAUUUAUGUUUCUCAUGUUCUUAAAAAAAAAACAUUGGAUAUAAAGGCUUCAAUCGAUAUUGAAAUUGUGUCAAUUACAAUAAAAAUCAAUUUCGACUUGUCUCUCUUCUUUAAAAAAAGCUCAAAUAUGGGUUACAGUGCAACACUUACAAUGGAAGUCAAUGGGGCCAAUCCAUAAACGUUGAAAUACUCAGUAACAAGACGUAAACAUGACGUGUUAACAUGAUUUUAGUGAUAAAAUAGCUCAGUAACCUUUUCUGUGUAAAGUAAUAUCCAAUUUUACAACAUUGUUGCCAUGAUGACAUAACGCUGUAAACCCCAAAUCCUAAAAACAACCUAAAAACAACUUUACAGCUCAAAAAAUACACAAUUUUUAACAGAAGAAUUCAUGUGUUUUUGAUUAAAUUACAAGCUUCAAAUUUCUGAUUUUAACCCUCCAAAAAUGGGCCCCAUUCACUUCCAUUGUAAGUGCCUCAAUGUAACCUCAACUUUUGAAUUUUUUUUCUUAAAGAAGGGACAAUUUUUAUGUUUAUUUUAUAUAUUUUUAUUGGUUAAUCAACAUUAUGCUACAAUUGUUGUUGAAUGAGCUUUACUUAUAUUGAACCCAGAAUAUUCCUUUAAAUACUUGUACAAAAUGUAUGAAUUUCUUUACACAAUUAAAACAUUAUUUUUUAUUUUUUUAUUGGAUGAGUUGGAGCAGAUAUAGUGAAAGAAAAGGAGUCAACAAGUCCAGCAUACACGCGCCUCAUGAGUUGCUUCAGUGAAUCAUUUGACUGCUUUGAAAAACUCAAAUAUGAGUUUUGACUUGUUUAACAUUUUUUGCUCACUACAAAUUCUCUUCCUCCUUUAGUGUUUCAUGUGUCAAAUACACUUCAUUAUUAGUCGAAAAAGCUGAAAUAUAGUAAUAAUAAAGAAGACUAUGUUUGUGUGUCCAAACGUUUGACUGGUAGUGUAUAUCUGAACAAGAAACAGGCUUUGACCAGUUAUUUUAUACAGUAUGUGAAAAGUAUUUGUACAUCCUGAACAAUCUAAGCACUUUUCUUUUGUGAAAACAGUGAACUCAAACUGCACAUGAUGUCUAUAAAAUACCUUAUAUUGUUGUGGACACAAAAUGACCAAACACAGUCCAACAACAUGCUGACUUGGAAAAAUAGAGGCAUGGAAAUAACAGUCCACUUUAACAAAGACCAUCAGAUAAAGUGUCAGUUAACUAGCGCUGUACAUAUGAGCUGAGUAACGGGUGUCUGUAAGAAAGUCUACAAAAUACAGUGAUCAUGCAAAAAAAAAAAAAAAAAAAAAAAUGUGUUAUAAUGGUGAUGAUGCAUUACUGACUGAUAUUUGUCACGCUAAUGACUGGAAUAGUAAUGGUGUGUAAAUAUAACACAGAACAAUCAACAUUACUAUGCAUUGAAAAUUUUAUUGUUAAAUAGCAGUUUAUACAACAUUUUAACAAGAAGAUAUUUAAGCUUCCUGUCUCCUCAAUCUGUCUGUCUGUCUGACUGUCUUUUUCUCUUUCACUUCAGCCCUGGUUUGACCGUCUUCUCUUUUAAAACAUUUACAGAAAAACAAUCCUCCCAUUUCUAACCAGUUGAACCAGUGAACCAUCCAACACAGCAUCCUGGAGCUUAUUCACUGUUUUCGUACAACAACAGCUCGCUCUCAGAGACACUGUGGCUUCUAAUUGAAUUAUUCAGGCCCUUUUUAGAGUAUAAAACAUACAAUAUGUGUAAUAAUUCAUAUAGCAUAUAUUUUAAACUCAUCAUGCUGUACCGGCACAGUGAUUGUAAAUAAACAAACAUAUUAUGACUAUAAAAAUGAUCAGAAACAACAGUAAAAGUAAUACUAUGGUUAUAUAGCAUAUUAGGGUUUGUGCAACUCUCACAGCUUUAACUUUGCUAACAUCUAAAUUUUUGCCUUGAAAACUGAUGGCUUGUGUUUUAGUCUUGUUAAUCAGCCUGAUCUUAUGAAAAUUACUUGACUUUGGCGACAUUUUUGCUAAAUGAUGUUAUAUGUCCACUGAGUACUGCUAAAAGCGAGUUAAAUGUUCUCCCAAACAGUUUUUUGUAAUUUUUUAUCCCCAUUUUUCUCCCAAUUUUUGAAUGCCGAAUUCCCACUACUUAGUAGGUCCUUGUGGUGGUGCGGUUACUCACCUCAAUCCGGGUGGUGGAGGACAAUUCUCAGUUGCCUCCGCUUCUGAGACCGUCAAUUUGUGCAUCUUAACACGUGGCUCGUUGUGCAUGACACCGCGGAGACUCACAGCAUGUGGAGGCUCAUGCUACUCUCCGCGAUCCACGUACAACUCACCACGUGCCCCAUUGAGACCGAGAACCACUAAUCGUGACCACGAGGAGGUUACCCCAUGUGACUCUACCCUCCCUAGCAAACGGGCCAAUUUGGUUGCUUAGGAGACCUGGCUGGAGUCACUCAGCACACCCUGGAUUCGAACUCACGACUCCAGGGGUGAUAGUCAGCGUUAAUAUUCGCUGAGCUACCCAGGCCCCCCCAAACAGAGGUUUUUAAGGUUUUAUCGAGUUUUAAAUCAACAAAACCAAACUUUUUAUGAUAGUGUCAUAAAAGCAAAUGUGAGUUGAAAAAUGCAACCACAUUAUUUUGUUUGGCUCACAUGUUGACUCGCGUGCUCAUCAGGACUCAUACGCCAGUCUUUUACAUCACAAAUGCAACGCUCUAUCAGUUGAGCUACUGUGCAAUUUGUUCACACUUGAUUCGAACAAGUAUUUUACUUUAUCUGUUCACAUUUUUAAGUGCAUUUCAGGUUCUCUAAAGUCAACAUGAAAUCAAAAUUGACUCUAUUUACUUUCUUGGUUGUUUACGAUUUAUUGGAGCACGUUACUCCAAAUGUAAGAAAAAAAUCAUCAAAAUGUAAUCACUUGCUCCGCCUCUGAAACUACUUUCCUUUUCUCCUAUUAUUUUUAUCCCCUCCCCUCUGACCAUCUGGAUCCAUUUUGGUAACGCCCACUUUUCAUGAUCCAAUCGAUUCCUGACGGAUAAAGUCAAGUCCCGCCCUACAUAGUUUGCUUGUUUAAUAUCCUGUUUAACUUGGAAAUUUUUUUGAUGAUAAAAGUAAAAUGGGGUGUGAACGCCA